AUGUCUUUUGUUCUUGGGCCCACAUAUGUAGCAGUAGCCCUAAUCUGCAUCCUAAUAUUCCUUGUUUUUGGAUACUCUUUUGCAUUUUUGACAUUUUCCUAUAUUGGCAUCAUCAUUAUUAUUGGAUUUGUUUCUGAUGUCUAUUAUUGCCUUAUUCAUGGUGAUACUCCAGACAUUACUAAUAUUUUUUCAGUAGAAUUAGAUUCUGAAACAACUGUCAACAGGCUCAGAGAAAUUAUUAAAGAGAAGAUUAAAGAGACGAAACAAGAUCUUCCUUGGGUUGAUGAUCUUGGAGGCAAAAAGUUGUUUAUACCAGUAGAUAAGAUUGCCAAAUAUUUUCCUUACAAGCUUAACAAAGAAUAUAUACACACUAUAGUUGUAUUACCAGGUUACCGUCUCACACUUACAAGUUGUGUUAAAAGAAAUGAAAUUGUUCACAUGGAUAAGAUCAUUUACAGAGAAGGUCCUCUCGAUCUAGAAGGUGAAAUUGUCUGCACUGAUGUAGGAGUUCGAAUUAAGUUAGUUUAUAAAUCUGAAGAAUUUAUGCUGGAUACAUUUGCUAAAUUCAUUGAACAAGACAGUAAUACUGAAGAUUAUUUAACCAUUUAUCGACAAAAACACACUUCCACUUCAUACUCUGUUCUCGAAAUCACGAACGAGAUCAUCAUCGAUAAAUGUCUUGCUGAGGGAACUGCUCUUUUAAAAGUUUCAUUAAAAAAGAACCAACAAAAAAUCUUCAAAAUAGAUAUUGAUCAAGGUCAAAUUCAAUGGGACUCCAAAAGAUCUGGAAAAGUCAACAUUGAAAGUAUUGAGGAACUUCGAGUUGGUGAUGCAAUACGAGUUUAUAGGGAACAUUUCAAGCUUAAUGUGGAUAUUGAAUCUCGAUGGUUCACCAUCAUUUAUGUUGAUUUUGGGAAAUAUAAAGCUCUUCACUUAGUUGCUCCGACUUUAGAAUUAUUUAAUAUAUGGGUUGACACAUUGAAAAAACUAUAUUUGCAUAGAAGAAAUAUGAUUGGAGGGUUAAAUCAUUUGAAAAAACGACAUUCUUUAUGGCUGAAGCAAUACUGGAAGAAGGCUGACAGAAAUGGAGAUUCAAGAUUAGGUUUUGAUGAAGUCGCAAAUUUAUGCCAUCAUUUGAAUAUACACACCUCAAAUACACUGCUUAGGACCAAAUUUGAUGAAGCAGAUCAAAAUAAAGAUGGUUGGCUUGAUUUUACUGAUUUCCAGCGAUUUGUGGAGUUAAUUAAAAAAAGGGAUGAACUGGAUAAGCUAUUUAAUUCUUUGGCAAAAGAGCGUGGUAAUAUUUUAACAUUACAAGAAUUUAAAGACUUCCUUGAUGGUGUUCAAAAGUGCACUUUGAAAGAUGAAUAUGAUGAUUUGUACUAUAAAUAUUGUGACAAAGACCUUAAAGAGAUGAAUUUAGAAGGAUUUAGUAGUUUUCUCAUGUCUAGCGACAACUCCAUUUUUGCUUUAGAACAUGCCAAAGUUUAUCAAGACAUGUCACAACCAUUAAGUCAUUAUUUCAUCGAUUCUUCGCACAAUACAUAUCUUUUAGGACAUCAGCUGGCAGGUGAAUCCACAAUCGAAGGAUACAUACGCGUCUUACGGAAGGGAUGUCGUUGUGUUGAAAUCAUACUUGUUCCUAUUAUAGUUGAUUGCUGGGACGGACCUGAUGGUCCCGUAGUUUUCCAUGGGUUUACAUUGACAACUAAAAUCAAGUUUCAAGAUGUUAUUUCGGCAAUUCGUGCCUACGCAUUUGAAGCCAGUCCUUAUCCAUUAAUACUAUCACUUGAGGUUCAUUGUAGUAUUGAGCAACAAAACCAAAUGGCUUCUAUUUUACUUAACACUCUGGGUGAAUAUCUUGUCAAUAAAUUCUUAUCCGAAAACGAAACAGAAUUACCGAGUCCUGCAAGUUUGUUGUACAAAAUAAUAUUAAAAGGACUCGACUCGAUUACCGACGCUGAAUCUACUACUGAAACCGAGUCAAAUGUUGAAUUAUCUAAAGAAAAAAACGCCACUAAAACUGAAAUGCAAAUUGCAAAAGCCCUUUCAGACUUGGUAGUCUACUGCUAUUCUGUUAGGUUUAAAGGAUUCAAUCACAAGAAUUCAAAGUACUAUCAAGUAUCUUCUUUUACCGAUAGAGCUUCUUUACAGCUUCUGAAAUCUAAAAAGGACGAUUUUAUUCGGCACAAUACGCGCCAGUUAACACGUAUAUAUCCGUGGGGUCUUCGAGUAGAUUCUUCAAAUUUUGAACCACAUCAUCAAUGGAUGGUUGGGAACCAAGUGGUCGCCUUAAAUUCGCAGACUUUUGGAAUGCAAAUCAAUCAAGCUAUGUUUUCUGUCAAUGGUGGAUGUGGUUAUGUACUCAAGCCUGAGCGAUUGCGUAAUCCUGAAAUUUCUUCAGAUAUAAAUACACGUUCACCAACACAAACAUUGACAAUUGAAAUAAUUUCUGCACAACAACUUCCUAAACCAAAUGAUUCCCACAAAGGUGAAGUAAUUGAUCCAUAUAUUGAAGUAGAAUUGCUUAUCCCUGGUACCGAUUCUACAAAAAAAAGAACUAGUACCAUUUACAAUAACGGCUUUAACCCUACGUGGAAUGAAACUUUAAAAUUUACAUUGAACUACGAAGAACUUGGUUUGAUAUUUUUGCGAUUCGCUGUUUGGGAUGAAGACGUUGUUAAGAAUGAUGAUUUUAUUGCGUCUUAUUGCAUUCCCGUAACAAGUUUACAAUUUGGGUAUCGUCAUGUCCCAUUAAAUGAUUUUAAUGGGGGAAAAUAUCUUUUUACUACUUUAUUUAUUUGUUCUUCUUUCGAAUUUACUCCUGUGUAA